UAAUGAAUUUGGGGCAAUCAGGAAUCCUGGAAUCUAAUAUUUUUUCUUUGUUUCUAGAAUUAUGAAAGUUGAUCAUCAAUAAUGUAAAUUAAUGGGAAAGUUCCAGGUUAUAACACCGAAAGCUGCAACCAAACACUUCAAACUUCUCUUCUCCCUCGCAGUCGCAGAGAUAAAAACAAACACCAUAAAAAUAAACAAAUGACAGACACAGAGAGCUAAGCUGGCCAUUCACGAGCUCUCCCUCGAUCGUCUCAUCAUUUUUUGAACUGUGCAACGGCGUCGUCUAGCUCCAGAAGAAGCAGCUGCAGCAGCUACCACAUGAAGCUGAAGCAGCUGGCUAUAAUCACUUCCGGCAUGGUGCUUCUGCUGCUUCUGCUUUUCCCCGCAGCAGCUUUCUCCGACGCUCAGAACCUCGAACCAUUUCAGUACUACGUGCACAAGGGGCGGAGGGCCGCCGCGUCUGACCCGAAUAUCUUAGGGGCACUCAAGAGCCUUCCGGGCACUCCAAGGGAGUUUGAGUUCAAGGAGCUGAAGAAGGCUACGAACAACUUCGACGAGAAGCACAAGCUAGGGCAAGGUGGGUUUGGGGUGGUCUAUAGAGGUGUGCUACCCAAAGAGAAUUUGGAAGUGGCUGUGAAGAAAUUCUCCCGGGAUAAUCUCAAGGGUAAAGACGACUUUUUGGCUGAGCUCACCAUUAUCAACCGCCUCCGCCACAAGCAUCUCGUCCGGCUACUUGGAUGGUGCCACAAAACUGGGAUGCUACUCAUAGUAUACGAGUACAUGCCGAACGGAAGCUUGGACAACCACCUUUUCGGGGGUCCUGAGAAUGCAACACUAGGCUGGAGCCAGAGGUUCAAAAUUGUAUCCGGAGUGGCGUCUGCCUUGCAUUACCUCCACAACGACUACGACCAAAGAGUGAUCCAUAGAGACCUCAAGGCCAGCAACAUAAUGCUAGACUCCCACUUCAACUCCCGCCUCGGCGACUUUGGCCUCGCACGUGCCUUGGAAAACGAGAAAACCUCGUAUGCGGAGCUCGAGGGUGUACCGGGCACAAUGGGGUACAUCGCACCCGAGUGCUUCCACACGGGCAAGGCCACGUGCGAGUCUGAUGUCUAUGGGUUCGGGGCUGUGCUUCUAGAAGUUGCCUGCGGUCAACGACCAUGGACCAAAAUGGGCGGGUUUCAGUUUGUGGUGGAUUGGGUUUGGUCCUUGCAUAGAGAAGGGCGUGUCUUGGAGGCCGUGGACGAGAGGCUGGGGAGUGAUUACGUGGCAGAGGAAGCUGAGAGGCUUUUGCUUCUUGGGCUAGCCUGCUCUCACCCUAUUGCCAACGAGAGGCCCAAGACCCAGGCCAUUAUCCAAAUCAUUUCCGGGUCGGUUCCGGUGCCCCGAGUCCCACCUUUUAAACCCGCUUUUGUGUGGCCCUCCUCCUCUAUGCCUGAAGGAGUAAGCAGCGUAGCCAACACUCUGAAUACGACGUCGACGUCGUCAUGGCCUCUUGGGAUAUCAGUUUCGGAUAGAUCUGAAUGGACCCCACGCUACGACAGCCAGGACAGCUAUGGAGGAGCAGGAGGAUAUAGUGAGAGCUCCUCUCUGGUUUAAAUUUAAGAUGCUUAAUUUUGUCAUCCUAUCAUUAGAACCAGCGAGCCUCAUGUUUCAAUUUAUUUAUUUUUCCACUUUUCUUUUUAAAAAAUAAAAAAUAAAAAAUAUAAAGAUAUUUCCUAGUUUAAAUAUUGUUUCUUUUUUCUAACGUGUUUUGUUUAUCACCGAAGGUGCUUUUCCACGUGUAAGUUUGUACAUUUUGUUGAUAUUUAUAUAUAUAUAUAUGUACAUCUUAUUUCGUCACCCAUGUUCUUCCCUUUAUAAACUUGACUCUUUAUCUGA